CACAUUCAGUUUAGCUGAACUGUAAAGUGUGUAUCAUGCCUGAACCAGCGAAGUCCGCGCCCAAGAAGGGCUCAAAGAAGGCCGUCACCAAGACCGCCGGUAAAGGAGGAAAGAAGCGCAAGAGGACCAGGAAGGAAAGCUAUGCUAUCUACGUGUACAAAGUCCUGAAGCAGGUUCAUCCCGACACCGGAAUCUCUUCCAAGGCGAUGGGCAUCAUGAACUCUUUCGUGAACGACAUCUUCGAGCGCAUCGCCGGUGAGUCGUCUCGUCUCGCUCACUACAACAAGCGCUCCACCAUCACCUCGAGAGAGAUCCAGACCGCCGUGCGUCUGCUGCUGCCCGGAGAACUGGCCAAACACGCCGUGUCUGAGGGAACCAAGGCCGUGACCAAAUACACCAGCUCCAAGUAAAGCUCGUCUGACCGGCCAAUACAAAGGCUCUUUUAAGAGCCACACAAAGUGUCUUUGAAAGAGCUGCUCUCUAAACGCAAGACUACAUUCAAAAAAAUGCAGUUAUUUUAGUGGUCUUCACAAAACAGUGGGUUGCCUAAAUGUGUGCUUGGUUUCAGACCGGGUUUAGCAAUAGACCUUUCAGGUAUUUAAGCAGAUUUAUACACUUGCAAAACUAAAUAUUUUCUCUACACAGCUUUUGGAAUCUACACCUUCUCAUCAAAUGUUAUUCACUUAUACAGAAUGAGUCUUUGAUCUCUAUCAACUAAAUACUUAAAUGGUCAAAAGCAGGCAAAUAAACAAGAUGUUCACUACAGCAAGAUGCCACACAAGAAUAACAGUAAAAUUGGCAAAAAUUUGUGGUUAGUAAGAUUUAUUCACAAAAUUAAGUGUUGAACAUUUUUAUUAUAGAUUUUUAAUCUUUCACACUAAAUGCUACCCAAAAACAAUCAAGUUGGUUUAGAUCUUCUCUUACACUGAAAGCUAAAAAAAAAGUUCAAUGGAUUUUCUAGACUUACAGUAAAUAUUAAAUAGCAAUUACUUUUAUUAUAAAAUGCCCGUUCUGUCUAAAUUUGCACAUUAAUACAGGUGAUUAAUUUUUCUGGUUUAAUGUAAUUAAAAAUGUUUAAUGUAGUUAAUCCAGGCGCAGAGCUACAGUUGUCCACCAUAUUCACAACUGCUGCAAUAUAAACAGCACUAAAAAACACAUUUACAAAGGUGUCUGAAGAUGCUUAUAAUCUCUGGAUUAAUGUUUUACUGCAAGAACAUAUAAAAAUGUUUAUUUGUUUCCCACUUGUGCGUAUUAAUAAUGAAGUGUGGUUUGAGUCAAAAGUAGAAAGUCCAGAAACAGAGCAGAAGUUACACCACAAAUCAGAUCAACUUUUUCUCAGGCGUCUUUAAGCUGAUUGAUAGUUUGAAAGACGUGCAUGAAGUUAAAUUGAUGCAAAAGGAAUUAUUAAAUAUACUGGCCUUCAUAAC